AUGAGGCAUCUACUUCAAUGUCCUCAAACCUCGUUGAGCAAGAAUUUUGAGAAACUUAUCAACUGUGAUCCUCAUUUGAAGCUACUUAGUCAGCAACCUGAUAUUAUAUUAGAAUCACCUUACUUUGAUCCGCUACUUAAUCAUCAACCUGAUAUUAUAUUAGAAUCGCCUUAUUUUGAUCCGCUACUUAGUCAGCAACCUGAUAUUAUAUUAGAAUCGCCUUACUUUGAUCCGCUACUUAGUCAGCAACCUGAUAUUAUAUUAGAAUCGCCUUACUUUGAUCCUCAGUACUCUGAUAUUAUAUUAGCAUCGCCUUACUUUGAUCCUCAGUACUCAAUUUUGGAAGGUCAAAUUGAGGAGCUGGCUUCAAAAAACACACCAUUGCCUUGUGACGCUCUAUUCAACAAAGAGGACUUUAUAUUACAAUUCCUUGACAUUGAUUCUCAGUCUCCUUCUGCUGCUUCUGAUGAACAAUCUAUCAUCCCAAAGGUCAAUUCCCGUUGCUGCCCGCUCCCGCAAGAUACAGUGGCCAGUAUGACGAUAAAUGCCCAACUGAAUGAUCAGGACGGCAGUGCUGACGAUGCACAAGCUGGUGCUAGAUCCUACGAUGAAUCUUAUUCAACACGAGAGGUCGAACAAUCAUUCUUGGAAUUUAUGAGGAUUCCUCGAAUAGCCUCAUUUCCACGAGUUCUUUCUGAAUCUUACUUGACGUAG